ACUGUCAAGUUUUAAUGAUUUGAUGCGCCUUGUAUUUCAUCUAAAUGCACUAGAAAGUGCUUUUUCACGCACUAAAAGCACUGUACCGUUAUUUACAAUAAAAACAAACUAAAGGAAUAUAAUCUCCCUAACGCUUCACAGGAGAUCUAGUGCUUUUUUGGAUUACAACAGACAAUCUUCAAAAUGACAAAUCUCGAUGUGAGUAAUAAUAGCAGCACUGACAGCAGUUCGGGUUCCACUUCAGACACCAGCAGCAGCGAAAGUUCUUCAACCAGCUCAGGCUCUGGCUCCAGCAGCUCCGACUCUGAGUCCUCCAUCUCAGACACCCCAGCAACCGCUGUACAAGCUCCUAAAUCACCCACCAAACCUGAAGAACCUAAGAAGAAAGAGGAACCUAAACGACGCCCAUCAAAAGUCAAAGUAUCUUCCUCUAGUGAUGAUGAUACUCCUAAAGUUGUUAGCCCUAAACCAUUACCGGCACGAAGACGUUGUUCAGCAAAACCUAAAUCAGCUGCAACAGUCUUGGCUAAAGGCAAAACUACUCCUAGGUCAAGUGGUGCAAAAACUCCCAAACCCACAAGUAAAACCCUGGCAAAAACAAAAACUGACUCGAGUGCAUCAAACACUUCAAAAAAGAAGAGCAUAUUCUCACCAGACAAUAGUUCAGAAUCAGAUUCAGAAAGCAAGUCCCCAAAGAGUCCUAAAGAAUCACCUCCAAGUAAAAGUUCAACAAAAUCUAGUGAAGAAAAGGAUUCCCCUCAGACUCCACUUGAUAAUGAUGACUCUAAUUCUAAAGAGAGUGCAAAGAGAAAGAUUGCAGUUAAGCAGAAUGGACCACCACCAAAGAAAGCAUCAGAAGACAAAAGCGCAUCAUCUUGUUCAUCAAGCCAAUCAUCAGUGGAAACGGUGUCAUCGGAUAGUGACAGUGAACCUACUCCUAAGAAAGAUGCCAUAAAGACAGGAAAGACUAAACCUCCAUCUAGUACUUUCAAGCAAGACUCAGCGGGCAAGAGCGGCGAGUCGAGCUCGUCCCCCGUGGCCACGAUGCCGCGCAAGCUCACGCGCUCGCUGUCGGCGCGCGUGUCGCGCAUCGCCGCCGCGCGCUCCGUGUCCACGCCGCACACGCUCCACACCGACACCGACUCCGAGGACGACAAACCUAACGAUAAGGGUAAAGAAGUAAAGAAACCCACAAAGACGAGAAUUGCGCCACCUUCUAAGUCACCGGUUGCGGCUGCCACGCUUACAGAGUCAACCGAACGACGCUGUCCUGUCAGAGGGUGCGAUUCGACUGGACAUCUAGGCGGCAAGGCGCGCACGCACUUCUCCCGCGACGCGUGCCCCGCCUACCACAACGUCACGGACGCGUGGUGCGCCGCCGCCAGCGAGGAGCGCGCCGCCGCCGCCGCCGCGCGCCGCCGCGCCACCAGCGCGCUCGCCUGCCGCGUGCGACACAUGCCCACGCUCGACCAGCGCGCCUACCAGCUCAAGGUCAAGGAUAUGCGCUCGAAAUGGAAAGGCAGCCAAGAGUUACGCGAGAAACUUGCUGCUUCAGGCAACGACGAACUUAAUGAAGAAAGGGAGCCAAUACUAGAUGGAUUCGCGCCUGAUUAUGACCUCAAACUUUUCAGGGAAGCGCAAGCUUUGGGGGCUAUCAAAAUAGAGGAGGAACUAGCAGACCUACCGGCAGAUAGAGGCACCAGGUAUCUAAUGUACGUGGUGAUGGGCAAGUACAUGAUGGAGGUGUGGUACCAGUCGCCGUACCCGGGCGAGGCGGCGCGCGUGCCGCGGCUGUUCGUGUGCGAGUUCUGCCUCGCGCACCACCGCUGCGGCGCCGGCGCCGACCGACACGCGCGCAAGUGCGUCUGGAAGCACCCGCCCGGAGACGAGGUGUACAGAAAGGACAAUCUAAGCGUGUGGCAAGUGGACGGCCGUAAACACAAACAAUACUGCCAACAGCUGUGUCUGCUAGCGAAGUUCUUCCUCGACCACAAGACGCUCUACUACGAUGUGGAACCUUUCCUCUUUUACGUGAUGACCAGCGCGGACAGUGAAGGAUGUCACAUAGUCGGAUAUUUCAGUAAGGAAAAGAACUCUUUCCUGAACUACAACGUGUCAUGUAUACUGACGCUGCCGCCGUACCAGAGGCAAGGGUACGGGAGACUGCUCAUCGAUUUCAGUUACCUCCUGACAAAAGAAGAAGGCAAGGUUGGGUCACCAGAAACACCACUAUCAGACUUGGGUCUGAUCUCUUACCGAUCUUAUUGGAAAGAGGCGUUGCUGAAGAGGCUGUGCUCUGCAUCGGGGUCUACAUUAUGCAUUAGAGAUUUGAGCAAGGACCUGGCGAUAGCUUCCUCAGAUAUAGUGUCAACGCUGCAGGAGCGUGGACUCAUGAAGUACUGGAAAGGAAAGCAUAUUGUGCUUAAGAAACAGGAGGUGCUGGAGGAGGCGUCGAGGCGCGCGGCGCGCGCGCGCUGCGUGGACCCGGCGUGCCUGCGCUGGUGGUGCGUGGGCGGCGCGGCGCCGGCACGCUGACGCCGCGCCCCCGCGCCGCGCG